AAGUAGCUUUCGACCAGUCGUCUUUCAGUAGAGGGGUUGUCGACUCGACUCCAGCUUUUGGAGGCGGAACAAUAUCUAGAGUGGCAUAAAGCUAACAAAUGAGCUUGGGAGAGUGGGUUUGAACUGACCAAUAAGAUGACUCAAAGAGCGAAGUUAUAAAAGGAGCGGCUGGCGCCGGGCAGUUGUCGCCGGCAGCAGCUGAGAGUGGAGGUGCGGAAACAUCAUCUUCCGCUACCCUCUUACUCGGCGGUUUCUUCACUUGGUUCGUCCCCGCCAUGACCACCACGACCACCUACCAGGGGAUGGAUCCCAGCGGGCGCAGCAGUUCCAGGGUUCUUCGCCCACCAGGUGGUGGUUCCAAUUUCAACUUGGGAUUCGAUUUGCCAAAAGAGCAGCAGGGAACAAGAAGGAACAAGAUGGCAUCCAGUAUCUUUGGAACUCCGGAAGAGAAUCCACCUUCCUGGGCCAGGUCAACAGCCAAGUCCAGUGAUGUCAGUGAAACUUCUGAAGAGCUUGGGACACAAAGGACAGAUUCUUCUGAUCUGAACUCUGGUGACUACGUAGAUCCAAAGGGAAGGGAAAGUGAGGCUCCUGAAAACACAGAGGUUGAAAUAGAAGCUGCUUCAGGCCCAAGUGAAGAGAAACCCCUGCCAGCGGCACCUGUUCCUAGCCCGGUAGCACCAGCACCUGUGCCAUCCAGGAGAAAUCCACCUGGUGGGAAGUCCAGCCUAGUCCUUGGUUAAACUUGAUCCUCCUGUGCUCCUUCUAACUACUUGGAACUCAUGUCUGUUAUCUUUGUUUUUCUUCCAUGCUUGUGAACUGCACAACUUGAGCUUGACUGUACUUCUCAAACUAUCAUUAAAGAAGCACUUUAUGUACUUCAGUUUUGUUUUUAAAGAAGGUCUUUUUUCUGCAUUCAACUUCUGUCUUGUCUCCCUUGGGUCUAAUGGAAGUGGCAUGUGUGAUUUCUUUUCCUUGUGGUAGAUAAUAGAGCAGUGGUAUUCGCUAUGCAGCCCAUGGCUGACUGAAAGUUUUCUACAGUAUAUAGUCAUGUGUAUCCUAAGCCUAGGCUGGUUGAUUCUGGGUGUGCUAGGUGGCAUUUUUGUCCUGAAAUGUGUAGAAACCCCUUAGUUGGCUUUAGAGGGGUUGAAAGGUGGGGUUGUACAGAUCAGAAGAUGGGUGAUAAAAUGUAUGUGUUCUCUUACCCUACUCAUUUCUGCAACACAAACUGAUUGACCAGUUACUGAGUGAUACUUGGAUAACCAAUGUCGGAAGCCCUGUUGUACAUUACAGAACAGUAGAGCUGUGAUGCUAGUCAUUAACCAUGCUGCCUUCAACCUGGAAUCUUGGUUCAGCCAUGAUAAGACAUGGCCAGUGCCAAAUAUAGGGCUGGUGAUGUGAGCCUGCUGUUCUGUUCCCUGAGUAUCGGGCCCCACCUUAGGUGGCGGUGAUGGAAUGGAUCUUACAAAAGUAAGUAUUGAGUGGAGAACAGUCUCUUAAGACAGAGUCUAGUCCAAAUGACUCCAGUGCUAUGCAUGAUCAUGCUGGUGCUUGACCAUGAGGUGAAUCUCAUCCUUCUAAAUGUGUGUUGUAUCUUGAUAAAGCUGGAUUGUUGCUUACUAAUAAAGGAUAUAGAAAUUUUGAA